AUGUCUGAACCGACACAGUUGCUGGACCUCCCAGUAGAUAUCAUUUAUCUGAUCUUGCCCUACCUCGACGUUACCAGCUUUGUGUCCCUCACCUCAACUUGCACUGCACUGCAUCAACCUGAUCUUGCUCAACAUGCUCCGUAUUGGAGCUCAGCUGCGCGCCAGACCUUUCGUGUGCCGAACCAACCGGUGGUUGAAAACGAUGGUCUGAGAUGGCAGAAGAUGUACCGAAGGCUAUUGACUGAGUCCCGUUGCUUCACCUGGGGCAACAACGACAGAAUGUGCCUCGGUCACGGCCAUGAGCAGCACAUGGGAUCUCCUUUCGGACGUGGUGGAAUUGGACCCGCUGGACGCCGCAGGCCUAUUCUAAGGGCUCGUCAGCACGUGUCUUGGCCAACAGAAAUGGAGAACAUGAAGCAGCUGGGCAUCAUCGCCGACAUGCAAUGCGGUGGCUGGAGCACGAAUUUUCUAACCUCCAAGGGUGGCUUGUACAGUGUUGGCGUCAUGGACGGGUUUGUUGCUAGUCAACCUGCCAAGUCAAUGCCUGAAAGACUUCGCUAUCCUGCAGGACUCCCUCAUCCAAGUGAACGUUACGAACCAGCAUCUGCCAUAAAACAAUUCUCUGCCGGGCGUGGCCACGUGCUCGCUCUAUCAGAUUCUGGCUACAUAUGGUCUUGGAGUCACAUCAACUUGCCUGCACUUCAAGUCAAAUUCUUGGAUGUUGACACGAUGGUCAGAGAGGGCGUCAGUCCAUCAGCCCGAGGUUAUGUCAAGAAAGUCGUCGCGGGCUGGGCAAAAAGCGCUGCCCUUAUAGUUGGCACUGGAAUUGUUGUCUGGCAUCCCCUGGCUCGCAGUCCCCGACAGCCAGCAGGAGAAGAAGAUGCUGUACUUGUUAUGGAGACCGCAAUCUGUCCUGGUACUGAUUUCCAAAGACAUGCCACAACAUUCGAGCCAUCUUCUGCAGGCAUCACGAUUGGAGAGGUACUCAACUUCAUCUGCCUCGAGCACUACAUUGUGUUCAAUACGCAUCUCGGCAAAGUUUACGUAGCAAGGAUCGUCUGGGACGCACAGAGCAAGGCACUGGACGGUGUCAGAGAGCUGCAGCUUGGGACGGAAGGUGAGACAAAAUUUGCCACAGACGUCCAAGGAUCUUUCCGAUCUUUCGCAAUCUUCACCAGCGAUGGCACUGUAUACACGGGCAACCAAGACGACCAUCUGCAACAUCUCUUCCAUCCUCUUCACCAGGAUACUGUGAAGCCUCUCGAUCGUAUCCAUGCUCUUCAACAGACUCAGGUCAUUUCGAUGGCUUUCGGAGAUUAUCACUUCCACGCUUUGCACGCGCCCGGUUACAUCACAUCAUAUGGCACUGAGCCCAAGAGCUGUGGUAGUCUCGGACUCGGCGGUCAUGGGGAUCCUGAAGGCCGAAUCCGCGGACUUCGCUACCAAGGCAUCGGUGGUGAUGGACGUCUGGUCCCUCAUGCCAGCCUGCACGGCCGGAGGGUCUGGUUUGAGAAGGAAAAGCAGAAAUGGAUCACGUUCCUUACAAGUGGUGGCCGAGAUCCCGAGGAGGCUAGAGAGCGCAUGCGUAUGCUUUCUGAGCUCAACGUCCAAGGCGAGGUCAGCGAAUGGGUCGAGCAAGAAGGCAAUGCUUGGGAGCAGAAGUUCGGAGAAACAGACAACGCACAAAGCAGUGAUGCUCUUGGCACAUACUUUGCGCUCAAUAUCACAGCAGCUGGCUGGCAUUCUGGUUCUCUAGUUCUCGUGAACGAGGACAAGGCAAAGAGAAUCAACGGUCGCGCAUAUGUUUGGGCUCAAGACUCGUUCCCACGUCUGAAGCUCGCAAACGGUGAAGAGAUGCCAGGAGAGAUUGAAUUCUCGGCAUGGAGAAAUGGUAGGCCGCAGUGGGAGGGCAAGAUCGAGGGUUAUUAG